AUGUCCGCCAGCGGUCGUCGCUUUUGUCGCAGCCGUUGCCAAAGUUGUCAUUGUCAUCCGUACAAAAAGCAGCAGCAGCAGCAGCAACAUCUACAGCAGCAACACUAGCAGCAACAUUCACAGCAGCAGCAGCAACAUCUAUAUAGAAAAAGCGAAGGAGCAGCAGCAGCAGCUUAA